CGUUAUUUUUGUGGUACUGUCUAGUUACGUGAUCUUAUCUGUAACCAUGAAAUCUCUACGUGCUAAAGCCAUUUGGCGCUCCCAAAUGCAAGGACCGGCCUACAUUGACUAUUGUAUUUCCAAAUACCUAGACAGAAAGGAGAACGUAGCUUGAAAAUUUUAGCUGUUAUUUUUACAUUUUGGAUGUCAAUCUUGUCUUCGUGAAUCUAUCAUAUUAAAUAUGCUUUCAAGAAAUACUAACAUUAAAAACGAUCCAAAUUCUCACUGUAAAUAAACCAAUGGCUGUGGACAUCCAUUUCUGUUAGAUAAAAUACAAAAGGUUUUCUUUUAGUUUCCAACACCAGUAUGCACUAAGCAAAAUGAUCAAGAUUCGUGCUUAGUUGCAUAUACCAGUAACCCUUUCUUUAAGAUAAUAAAGCUUGAUGCUCGAAUUUUCUGACAAUUUAUAUUAAGUGAAAGCAAGAACUUUCCAAGCUAAGGCACUCCAAAGUUCAAGAAGAUCACAAAGUUUUUAAUAGCAAUAUAGCUCUCCGUCAUUUCCUGCAUGCGUGAGAUUUGAGAGGGUGAAUUAGCCAAUUCUAAUCUAAGAUGGGUCGAUCUAGCGUUGAGGCAAUAGAAACAAAAGAAAUGGACUACCAAAGUUUGCCAUCCCCUCAACACCAACAAGCACCAUAUAUGCACAAGGUUGGAGUCCCACCGAAACAGAAACUAUUCGAUGAAUUUAAGACUACUGUAAAGGAAACAUUGUUUGCAGAUGAUCCUCUACGCUCCUUUAAAGAUCAGUCAAGGUCUCGGAAGUUUGUCCUUGGUUGGCAGGCUGUAUUUCCCAUACUAGAUUGGGGUAGAAGCUAUAAUGUUUCUAAGUUUAGAGGUGAUCUUAUUGCUGGUUUGACUAUUGCAAGUCUCUGCAUUCCUCAGGACAUUGGCUAUUCAAAGCUCGCAAACUUAGCUCCUCAGUAUGGGCUAUACUCCAGCUUUGUUCCACCUUUGAUUUAUGCCUUCAUGGGUAGCUCGAGAGAUAUAGCGAUAGGACCUGUUGCUGUUGUAUCACUAUUGCUAGGGUCUCUGCUUAGCAAUGAAAUUGAUCCAACUACAAAUCCAAAUGAAUACAGGAGACUUGCAUUUACAGCUACUUUUUUCGCUGGCAUUACCCAAGCUACUCUUGGAAUCUUAAGGUUGGGAUUUUUAAUCGAUUUCUUAUCUCAUGCUGCUGUCGUGGGUUUCAUGGGUGGUGCAGCCAUUACAAUUGCUCUCCAGCAACUUAAAGGUUUUCUUGGCAUCAAAAAGUUUACUAAGGAAACUGAUAUCAUUUCUGUGAUGAAAUCAGUAUGGCGUUCGGCUCACCAUGGAUGGAACUGGCCGACAAUUCUCAUUGGAGCAACCUUUUUAACUUUCCUUUUGUUCGCGAAGUACACUGGAAAGAAGAACAAAAAGCUGUUUUGGAUACCUGCAAUUGCUCCUCUGAUCUCUGUCAUUCUUUCCACCUUCUUGGUCUACAUAACCCAUGCUGAAAAAAAGGGAGUCGAGAUUGUGAGGCACAUUGAGAAAGGAAUCAAUCCUCCUUCUGUCAGUGAAAUCUAUUUCACUGGUGAUUAUCUCCUAAAAGGGCUAAAGAUUGGUAUUGUAGCUGGAAUGAUUGCAUUGACGGAAGCCGUUGCAAUUGGAAGAACAUUUGCUUCAAUGAAGGACUACCAGUUGGAUGGAAACAAAGAAAUGGUGGCACUUGGAGCAAUGAAUGUCGUUGGCUCAAUGACAUCAUGCUAUGUGACAACAGGUUCCUUCUCUCGAUCAGCAGUAAAUUACAUGGCUGGAUGCCAAACUGCAGUUUCCAACAUUAUCAUGUCUGUUGUUGUGUUCUUGACGUUGUUGUUCAUAACCCCUCUUUUUGAGUACACUCCAAAUGCAAUCCUCGCUGCCAUCAUUAUCUCAGCUGUCAUUGGAUUAAUAGACUAUGAAGCCGCAAUUUUGAUUUGGAAGAUCGACAAAUUUGAUUUUGUUGCUUGUAUGGGAGCAUUUUUUGGUGUGGUUUUCGCCUCUGUUGAGAUAGGUCUUUUAAUUGCGGUCUCAAUAUCAUUUGCUAAGAUUCUCCUCCAAGUCACCAGGCCACGAACAGCUAUUCUUGGCAAGAUCCCCAGGACAAAUGUAUAUAGGAACAUUCAACAAUAUCCCGAGGCAACACAAGUUCCCGGUGUACUAAUUGUGAGAGUUGAUUCUGCUAUCUACUUUUCAAAUUCUAACUACACGAGAGAAAGGAUAUUGAGAUGGGUAACGGAUGAGGACGAGCAACUAGAAUCCGCUGGCUUUCCUAAAAUUAGGUUCUUGAUUGUUGACAUGUCACCCGUGACUGACAUUGACACCAGUGGCAUCCAUGCCUUUGAAGAGUUGCACAGAAGCCUACAUAAGAGAGAAGUUCAGCUUAUUCUCUCAAACCCUGGAAGACAAGUGAUCGACAAGCUGCACGCAUCCAAUUUCGUGAGCCAAAUUGGCGAGGACAAGAUAUUUCUCACUGUUGCAGAUGCUGUGCUAACUUGUUCCUCUAAGUUCCCUGAAGUAAUAGUCUGAAGUUGUAAAUAACAUACAUGAAAAAUCACCCCUACGCUCUCGGACUGGGAGAAAGAAAAAUCAGCCAGAGAUAGCAAGAGAAAACCAACUUGCAUAUAUUGAUAUAUAGUGAAUCGAAAGGGACGUUGGAGCAGAAAAUGGUCCAUAUAUAAGCCAAUUGUGAUAAUGCUCUUGUUGGGUUGUUAAGUUGUCUGUAUGUUAGCUACAGUUUAGAUUGUAUAGGGAGUUCAAGACUUUCUUCUCAAUGAGAGCUUGCUAAAAGCAAUGUUGAAAUUACCAGGAAUGCAUGUGAGCCCAUUAUAUAUAUACCAUUCACCAACAAUAACCAAGAGGUUAAACUAAAGUUUGAAAUAAUGAAUCAAUUAACUAUGGCUCAAUCCAAAUUUAAUUGGAGUCGUCAGCUUUA